CACACACUCCUCUUCACACUUUAUUUUCUGCUCAGUUGUCAGACACAAGAGUCUAAAAGUCACGUUUGUAUAUAGAAUCUUUAUAGAAGAAUGAUGUCCCUUAAACUGUCUUCUCUGCUUUGUCUGAUCUUUGUCCUCAUGAUCACAGCUCUUGGGAAUGAAUGGAGUGUGAAAUACAGCCAACUUAGUCUCUGUGCUUUAAAAGGAUCUACAGUGAUUAUGAACGUCACUUACACACACCCACCAGGUCUUACAGUGAGAGAGAGGUUUUGGGUAAUAAACCCAAUUAAGGGUAAAGAGUGGACUGAUCUGUAUAAUGAACCAGGUUACUCAGGCAGAGUGAUGUAUUUAACAGAUGUACAGAAUCACUUCCCCCUCAGACUGAGUGAUGUGAAGAAAAUAGAUAAACAGAUGUACUGCUUUAGAAUCAGAACAAAUGAAGAUAAAGAAAGAUACCAGGGUUUUCCUGGAGUUACACUCAAUGUUACAGAUCUUGAUCUUCAGAUCGCUCCUGCAGAAGUGACAGAAGGACAAUCAGUCGUUCUGAUCUGUAAAACCACCUGCAAUCUGACUGAUCCAACAUUCAUCUGGUACAAAAACAGCAGAAAUUUAACCACAAAUACCAACAAGGACAAUGAAGUCCGUCUGCAGUCGGUCAGCAGUGAGGAUGCAGGCAGUUAUAGCUGUGCUGUAAGAGGAUAUGAACAUCUCCACUCUCCUGAUCAAACCCUCAGAGUUAGAUCUCUUGGGAAUGAAUGGAGUGUGAAAUACAGCCAACUUAGUCUCUGUGCUUUAAACGGAUCUACAGUGAUUAUGAACGUCACUUACACACACCCACCAGGUCUUACAGUGACAAAGAGGUUUUGGGUAAUAAACCCAAUUAAGGGUAAAGAGUGGACUGAUCUGUAUAAUGAACCACGUUACUCAGGAAGAGUGAUGUAUUUAACAGAUGUACAGAAUCACUUCCCCCUCAGACUGAGUGAUGUGAAGAAAACAGAUGAACAGAUGUACUACUUCAUAAUCAGAACAAAUGAAGGGAAAGAAAGAUACCUGGGUUUUCCUGGAGUUACAGUCAGUGUUACAGAUCUUGAUCUUCAGAUCGCUCCUGCAGAAGUGACAGAAGGACAAUCAGUCGUUCUGACCUGUAAAACCACCUGCAAUCUGACUGAUCCAACAUUCAUCUGGUACAAAAACAGCAGAAAUUUAAUCACAAAUACAAAGAAGAACAAUGAAGUCCAUCUGCAGUCGGUCAGCAGUGAGGAUGCAGGCAGUUAUAGCUGUGCUGUAAGAGGAUAUGAACAUCUCCACUCUCCUGAUCAAACUCUCAGAGUUAGAUGUCAUGGAACUCUAGAUCGUCCAAAGAAUGUCUCAGUGUCCAUCAGUCCCUCUGGUGAGAUAGUGGAGGGCAGUUCAGUGACUCUGACCUGUAGCAGUGAUGCUAACCCACCUGUACAGAGCUACACCUGGUUUAAGGGGAAGACAUCAGUAGGAAAUGAAAAGACCUACAACAUCUCCAAGAUCAGCUCUGAGGACAGUGGAGAGUACAAGUGCAAGAGCAGUAAUAAAGUUGGACAUCAGGACUCCAACAGUGUGACUCUGAAUGUUCUGUAUCCUCCAAAGAAUGUUUCAGUGUCCAUCAGUCCCUCUGGUGAGAUAGUGGAGCACAGUUCAGUGACUCUGACCUGCAGCAGUGAUGCUAACCCACCUGUACAGAGCUACAACUGGUUUAAGGGGAAGACACCUGUAAGAAAAGAAAAGACCUACAUCAUCUCCAAGAUCAGCUCUGCGGACAGUGGAGAGUACAAGUGCAGGAGCAGUAAUAAAGUUGGACAUCAGUACUCUAACAGUGUGACUCUGAAUGUUCUGUAUCCUCCAAAGAAUGUCUCAGUGUCCAUCAGUCCCUCUGGUGAGAUAAUGGAGGACAGUUCAGUGACUCUGACCUGUAGCAGUGAUGCUAACCCACCUGUACAGAGCUACACCUGGUUUAAGGUGAAUGAAUCAUCACCUGUAGGAUCUGGACAGAGUUACAGAGCUGUACCGAGUGGACAGUAUUACUGUGAGGCUCAGAAUAAACACGGCUCUGAGUGAUCAGCUGCAGUGUCUGUCACUAUUAAUGCAAGUACUGUGAUUGUGAUUGUGUAUGUGUCUGUUGGACCCGGACUUUUUGGGCUUGCAGCUUUCCUCUCUGCACUCUUUUGGCUGAGAAGCAAGAGACAGAAGAAGAAGGUAGAUGAAGGUGACAAUCAGAACACUGGACCGAGUGCUAAAGACGACACGUAUGCAGCUCUAGACUCCACAAGCUGGGCAGUUGAUGAUGUGUAUCACACACUUGCAAUUUUUCAUCCCAGUUCUCCUGCUGACUCGCCCACAUCCUCUGACUAUGAGAAUAUUGCAGUGAGCAUUUUGAUCCCAAAACCACCACUAGAUUAAAUACUAAUUUAAUAAUAAAUGUUUUAUAUGAAAAUGUGCUACAAUACAAUGAGGCUGACUCUGUGUGAAUCCUGAGACAUCUAGAGAUCUACCAGCUCCAGUUAGACUUUUACAUCAAUACAACAUUUGUUUGACUGUAUAUUUAUAAUCACACCCCCAGUGUCACCCAUAUGAGGAUGAGGUUCCCCUUUGAGUCUGGUUCCUCUCAAGGUUUCUUCAUUUACCAUCUAAGGGAGUUUUUCCUCCCCACAGUCACCUGAGUCACCUCAGACUUGUUCAUUGGCGAUAAAUACAUACACAUU